CGUUGACCACAAACGACGAUCAUGAGCUUAGUACCCAGCGCACCAGCGUCCAAGCGACUAAAGCUCGAGUCUUCACCAUCGCCAUCCAUAGAAGAGCUUGAAGAGAAAACAGCUAACAGCUCCAUAGACUCUUUAGACCAGGACCACUGUAGCAUUUGUCUGCAAUCACUCGUCGAUAGAACUGUUAUUCCUACAUGUGCGCAUGAAUUUUGCUUCGAGUGUAUCACUAUCUGGUCGGAACAAUCUCGAAAAUGUCCUUUAUGCUCACAAGUCAUUGGUGAAUACCUUAUUCAUCAUAUACGUUCAACUUACGACUACCAAAAAUACUAUCUCCCUCCCGCACGAAAUUCACCUGCCCCACAAAGACCUUCAGCCGAUACUCGUGUCAGAGCAUUACAGAGUAGACGAAGAGAACGUCGAUGGGGGCGCAGAGAGCGCCAAGAAAGGGAUGAAGCCGACCAGCUGGAUCGUGCAAUAGCUAGAAGACGCUGGAUAUAUGAACAUGGCCUCUACGCAAAGCAUGUAGCAUCCAAUGCAUUCACUCGUUAUCGUCCCUACCCCACUCCCGCCCAAUUUUCAACAUCACCCGAUCUCAUCAGUCGCAUGACCACCUUCCUCCGGCGUGAAUUACAAGUAUGGGCCAAUCUAGAUGUCGAGUUUCUAACGA